CUCUGAUGCAUUACGAUGAUAACCUGUAGAGAAUUGAAGAAAAGAAUCAGGUUUAGACAGUCUGUGAAUCGCAUGCUUUCUGCCGCAUUCUUUUGGUACACAUUUUUUUCUUCCUUGUCUCUUUUGUGCUUUGCUAGAGAUACCAUAACAAUAGACAGUCAACUUAUUGAUGAUCAGCGAGGAGAAACUCUUGUUUCGGAUGGAGAAAGAUUUGAACUGGGGUUUUUCACUCUAAAUGGAAGAAGAUAUGUUGGGAUAUGGUAUUACAAGUCCAAUCCACGAGUGGUUGUUUGGGUGGCAAACAGAGACAACCCUCUUUUGGAAUCUGAUGGUCGCUUUGCUAUUGAUGAUGGCAACCUCAAGGUUUUAGAUUCAACUAGGAAUCUUCAUUGGUCUACAGAUCUUGGAAGUUCAUCCUUUACACUCCGACUUGCUGAGCUCAAGGAUUCUGGAAACUUGGUUUUAAGUGAUGAUAAUCAGGCAGUGAGACUAUGGCAGAGCUUUGAACACCCAACUGAUACGUUUCUCUCAGGCAUGAAGAUGAAUAAGAACCUGACAUUGACUUCAUGGAGAAGUCAAGAUGACCCAGCUCCAGGGAACUUCACCUUUAAGAUGGAUGAAGAUAAGGAUAACCAGUUUGUCAUAAAAAAGAGAUUCAUUUGUUACUGGAUAAGUUCAGAGUCUGGUAAAGUCUUCAGCUCUGAUGAGAAAAUACCUUACUCAGUGGCUUACUUGUUAUCUAAUUUCAGCAAUAGUAUUGAUCCUAAAAGGUACAAAGCUUAUAAUAACUUGACAAUUUCAUCAUCCAUGGAUCAUGACAGUAGUGGGAGCUUGGUGAUGGCGAUUACUGGGGAUAUACAGUUUUGGAGCUGGGAUGUGAACAAGAAAAGUGGGACUUUAAUAUGGUGGGAACCAAGAGACCGCUGCAGUGUGUUUAACUCUUGCGGAAACUUUGCUAGCUGCAACAGCAACAACGCAAUCGCCUGCAAAUGUUUGCCUGGAUUUGAACCUAGUUUCCCUGAGAGGUGGAAUACUGGGGACUUUUCUGGCGGGUGCAUCAGAAAGUCAACAUCCGUAAUUUGUGGGAAGAAAGAUACCUUCUUGAAUUUGACAACAAUGAAAGUAAAGGAUCCAGACUCAACUUACCCGGCUAUGAGUGAAACAGAUUGCAGAACACAGUGCCUCGACUACUGUGUGUGCCAAGCUUAUUCAUAUAAUGAAGCAAAAAGCCAAAGAGCAACCACAAGUACCAGUUCCACAUGUUGGUUCUGGACAGCCAGUGUUUACAAUCUUCAGGAGUCAUCACCAAAAGACGGUCAUAAUCUCUCUGUCCGCGUAACAAUUCCUGAUUUAGAAUUGACUACAAGGAACUGUGAUCCUUGUGGUGUAAAUAUAAUUCCAUAUCCCCUAAGCAGUCAACCAAAUUGUGGAGACCCCUCGUACUUCAGUUUCUUCUGCAAUGACUCGACAGGCCAGCUUAGCUUCAAGGCACCUAACGGCACCUACAAUGUCACUAGAAUCAACCUGGACACACGGACAUUUUUUAUCCAAGCCAACGAUGCAUAUUCAAUAAGUGGAAUUCUGGACCUCAAUCUGUCAUUUCCCUUUAACCUAACUGGCAGGUCCAAUGCUGAUAAUUCAUCUCACGGUACAAAAGAGCUAGAAAUUACUUGGAAUCCCCCGGCAGAGCCAACCUGUAAUUCUAUCAUUGACUGCCAUGAUUGGCCACAUACUACUUGCAGUCUGAAAGUAGAGGGACAAAGAAGGUGCCUUUGUGAAACAGACUACCAAUGGGAUCCCUUAGUUUUGAAUUGUACUCAAGUAGAAACAGAUUAUCAUAAUCAAUCUGGAGGGUCUUCAAGAAGAAAAACACGUAUUUCUCUGAUUGUUGGCGUAACUCUUGCAACUUUCAUUCUCUUGUCAUGCAUAUUUGCAUAUAUCUUUUUCCAGAGAAGAAAGAAGGUCAGUGGACAAGAAAACAGGGAUAAUGCUCCACAAAAUGUGGCACUUCACUUGUAUGACACUGAGAGAACAGUGAAAGACUGGAUAAACUCGUUCCAGUUUGAAGAGGAAGAUAAGAAGGGCAUAGAUGUACCUUUUCUUAACUUGGAGAGCAUACUAAUUGCUACAGAUAACUUCUCAGAUGCAAACAAGCUUGGACAAGGUGGAUUUGGGCCUGUUUACAAGGGGAGUUUUCCAGGAGGUCAAGAAAUUGCUGUAAAGAGGCUCUCAAGUGUCUCUGGGCAAGGCUUGGUUGAAUUUAAAAAUGAGGUGGUGUUGAUUGCUAGACUUCAACACCGGAAUCUUGUGAGACUUUUGGGUUACAGCAUUGGAGGAGAUGAAAAACUUUUGGUAUAUGAAUAUAUGCCAAACAAAAGCUUAGACUACUUCCUAUUUGGCAACAACUGCAACAUGACUCUAGAUUGGAAUUUGCGCUUCAGCAUCAUUUUGGGAAUUGCACGUGGGCUUGUAUACCUUCACCAGGAUUCUAGACUUAGGAUCAUUCACAGAGAUUUAAAGACAAGCAACAUUCUACUUGAUGAGGAAAUGAAUCCGAAGAUCUCUGACUUUGGCCUGGCGAGGAUUUUUGAAGGCAGACAAACUGAAGGGAACACAAGCAGAGUAGUUGGAACAUAUGGUUAUAUGUCCCCGGAGUAUGCACUAGAUGGAUGUUUUUCAGUCAAGUCCGACGUUUUUAGCUUUGGUGUUGUGAUACUAGAGAUAAUCAGUGGGAGAAGGAACACCAAACGCUAUGAUUUUGAACAAGCUCCAACCCUUCUUGGUUAUGCGUGGAGUUUAUAUAGAGAAGACCAAGCAUUGGGUUUUAUGGACAAGCCACUCCAGGAAAGUUGCAAAACAAAUGAAUUUUUGAAGUGCAUAAAUGUUGGACUCUUGUGCGUACAAGAAGACCCAGCUGAUCGUCCUACCAUGUCAAAUGUCAUUACCAUGCUUAGCAGCGAAGCCGGGACCCUUCCAACUCCUAAGCAACCUGCCUUUAUUACAAGGAGAGGCUCCACAACAGGUUCUUCUUCUAGUAAACCAGAAACAAACAAUGAAUCGACAAAUACUUUGGUAGAGGCAAGGGAUACUAUAACAACAAACACUUUAUUAAGCGAUAAUGGAGGUGAAACUCUUGUUUCUCCCGGAGAAAGAUUCGAGCUGGGAUUCUUUACUCCUAAUGGAAGCUCCAUUAGAAGAUAUGUGGGGAUAUGGUAUUACAAGUCGAGUCUGCGAACAGUGGUAUGGGUGGCCAACCGAGACAACCCAAUUUUGGAUUACACUGGUGCUUUAUCUGUCUCAAAUGAUGGAAAUCUUAAGGUUACUGAUGGAAGUGGGAAGUCUUACUGGAGUACUAAUCUUGAAGGAACUCCACAAAUCUACAGGACAGCUAAGCUCAUGGACUCUGGAAACCUGGUUCUGAAUGACCAAGAAAGAAUUUUCUGGCAGAGUUUUGAUAAUCCAACUGAUACUUUUCUUCCAGGAAUGAAGAUGGAUGAAGAUAUUGCCCUUGCUUCGUGGAAAAGUCACGAUGAUCCUGCACCUGGGAACUUCAGUUUUCAGCUGAAUCAAGGAGACAACAAAUAUAUUAUCUGGAAAAGAUCAAUCAGAUACUGGACAAGCGAUGUUUCGGGUAAAGUGGGUACUUCUGAUGAGAUGCCUUCUGCCAUAUCUUACUUACUGUCAAACUUCAGUAUGAGUUUUAUCCAAAAUAACUCCGUCCCAUAUCUUGAAUCUUCAUUAUACACUGAUACAAGGAUUGUUUUGAGCUUCUCGGGUCAGAUUCAGUGCCUCAAGUUUGAUACUGAUAAGAUUUGGUCUUUGAUUUGGGCAGAGCCUAGAGAUGGUUGCAGUUUGUAUAAUGCUUGUGGAAAUUUUGGUCUCUGUAAUAGUAAAAAUAACUUGGUGUGCAAGUGUUUGCCAGGAUUCAAUCCUAGUUUUCCAGAUUAUUGGAGUACCGGAGAUUUUUCAGGCGGAUGCACGAGAAGAUCAUCAUUGUGCGGCAAGAAUUCUAUGAGGGAAACUACUUUCUUGAGCUUAAAGAGGAUGAAAGUAGGAGACCCUGAUUCUAAGUUUGUUACUAAGAAUGAAAUGGAAUGCAAACUAGAGUGCCUCAGCAACUGCCAAUGCCAGGCCUUUUCAUAUGAAGAAACUCAAACUAACAAAAGUAGUUCUGGUGGUUCCACCUGCUGGAUCUGGUCAGAGGAUCUAAACAAUCUUGAGGAGGAGUAUGACAGUGGCCGGAACAUCAAUGUACGCGUUGCAGUUUCUGAUAUAGAGUCAACAGAGAGAAAUUGCAAGAUGUGUGGAGCAAAUCUGAUACCAUAUCCUCUAAGCACAGGACUGGAAUGUGGUGACCCCAUGUACUUUAAUUUCUACUGCAAUAUCUCAACGGCCCAGGUUAACUUUGAGACACCCAGUGGUAUCUACCGAGUCAAAAGUAUCAAUCCAGAAACAAGAAAAUUUGUCGUCCAGGCUGAAAAUGCAGAUGCUUGUGAGGCUGGGAAAUCAAAUUUGCAGCUCAACCUGUCAUCGCCAUUUCAUGUGAUCAGUUGGUGCAAUUAUGGGUCGAGAAACUUUAGUGAUUCUGAUGUAUCCCUUACAAGUAGUGACGAAGUAGAAAUUAGUUGGAAGCCACCACCAGAACCAACUUGCACCUCACCUUUAGAUUGCAAAGACUGGCCAAAUUCAAUUUGCAGGGCAACAAAAUACGGGAGGAGGUGCAUCUGCAACACACACUUUAAAUGGGAUGGCUUGAGUUUGAAUUGUUCAGAAGAAAGUAGCAGUAAUCAGCAUGUUGAUAGGCCUCUAAGAGGAAAGAUGCCCUUAUCUCUCAUCAUUGCAGUAUCUUUUAUGAGUGUCAUUUCUUUGAUUAUUCUCAUGAGCAUGACUACUUAUAUCUGUUGGAAAAGAAUAAGUUUGGCAGAGGAACAAGGAAGCAGGAGAACAAUUCGAAGAUAUUCAGGACUAAACUUGUAUGGCAGCGAGAGAUGUGUUAAAGAUAUGAUUGAUUCAAACCGGUUUAGUGAAGAUGAUACCAAAGGCAUAGAUGUGCCAUUUUUCACUUUAGAAAGCAUACUAGCCGCUACAAAUAAUUUUGCACUUGCAAACAGGCUAGGACAAGGUGGGUUUGGGACCGUUUACGAGGCUAAGUUUCGAGGAGGAGAACAAAUUGCUGUGAAGAGGCUCUCAAGUGCCUCUGGUCAAGGCUUAGAGGAAUUCAAAAAUGAGGUUCUGCUGAUCGCCAAACUUCAGCAUCGCAACCUUGUGAGGCUUUUGGGCUAUUGUGUUGAAGGAGAAGAAAAGAUGCUGCUAUAUGAAUUCAUGCCCAAUAAAAGUUUAGACUCCUUCAUAUUUGAUCGCAAGCUAUGCACAUCGCUAGACUGGGAAAUGCGCUACAACAUUAUAUUGGGAAUAGCUCGAGGACUCCUAUACCUUCACCAAGAUUCAAGACUGCGGAUCAUUCAUAGAGACUUGAAAACAAGCAACAUUUUAUUAGAUGAAGAUAUGAACCCCAAAAUUUCAGACUUUGGCUUGGCACGAAUAUUUGGAGGCAGCAAAGAAACAGCUGUAAAUACAAAUAGAGUCGUUGGAACGUAUGGUUAUAUGUCUCCAGAGUAUGCAUUAGAUGGGCUCUUUUCAUUCAAGUCCGACGUCUUUAGCUUUGGAGUUGUUGUGCUUGAAAUUAUCACUGGAAAGAGGAACACAGGAUUUUAUGAGCCUGCACAAUCUCUGAGCCUUCUAGGCUAUUCAUGGCAUUUGUGGAAGGAAGACAAGGCAUUGGAUUUGUUGGACAAGACACUGCAUGUAUCCUGCAAUCUGAAUGAACUCUACAAGUGUGUAAAUGUUGGGCUACUAUGCGUACAAGAAGACCCAAGUGAUCGUCCCACAAUGUCGAAUGUAGUUUUCAUGCUUGGCAGUGAAACUGCAACUCUUCCGACCCCUAAACAACCAGCCUUUAUUGCACGGAGAUGCCCCUCUAAUAAAGCUUCUUCAUCUAGUAAACAAGAGACAUUCUCAAACAAUGAAUUGACCGUCACUUUAUAUGAUGGGAGAUAGCAUCUGAAACUCUCAUUGAUCUUGCAUAUUUGUCAAGUUUUUAUGUGUUUUUUCUUUGUUUUGUUUCUUUUAUAGAAGAAUAUCUGGUAUCUAUGUAGAUGGCAACCUAUUUGAUUCUCUUUAUAUCACUGAUUUUAUUGAUGAUCACUUGAGCUAAAAUGAGCGAGUCUUUCUGUACCUUAUAUCGUUUACCCGUCCCUUGUAUCGGUUUAGCGCAGAAGGUUUAAA